AUGGAAGUCACAACUAUUCUAACCACUGUCUAUUCUGAUUUAGAAACCACAACAGAAGAUAUUGUGGAAGCCACCACUAUCAAUAUCACACUUGUCACUGAUGACCCGGGAAAAGGCUCGCUAAUUCUAAAUGAGACAAUCGUUGAUUUAAAUGUGACAACGACUGAAUACAUUCCGAUUGUGGCUGCAGCUACAGCUUUCGCAAGUCUCAUCAUCAUUGGAUUGUUCGCUGUAUCCAUCUUCAUUGUGGUCCUGAUCAGAGGACGGAAGAGGUUUCAGGAGUUCCCAUUCUUCGCCAUCGUAUAUCACCUAACAGCAGCUAAUGCAAUUCACAUUCUGCUUCAGCUUACGACCGUCUUGCCAAUGUUGUUUUUUGAUAGCGAUGAAGAAUCACCGAAUCGAUUCUGGUAUAAAGUUGGAUCAUAUGGAAUUAUGAUAACCGAACAGGCGGCUUUAUAUUUCACUCUUCUAAUGACAAUCAAUCGAUUCGCCGUUUUCGUUUUUCCAAGUAUUUUAUCAGUGUUCAGUGCAAAAGGAAUUCAUAUCAUAUCCACUUUUAUUUGGUCUUAUAUCAAUUUCAUCGUUUUCUGGAAUUAUAAUUAUGGAACUACAAAAACGUUCUCAAGAAAAACGAUCUCAAUGCAAGAGGUGCUCCUAGGAACCAAUAUUUUGACAAGGUUUUUCACCUUGUCCUCUACUUUUCUCCCGAUCAUCAUGCUUGGAAUGUAUUUGAUAAUUUUUGUGUUCAUUAUAAAAAAACGGCAAAUCGCUGAUAAUCAAAAUCAGAAGAAAACAGAAAGAGAUACAUCACUAGUGGUUCAAGCACUGAUAAUUACUAUUGCAUUGGAGAUCGUCAAUGUCACUGAUGUUCUAACUCCGUUGUUCAAAAAUGUCACACUUUCUCUUCAAUGGAUUUGGACAAUUUUUUGCUAUUGUGCGACAAUAUUCAACCAACUCGUGAAUCCAUUGUUCUUUCUGAUGGUCAAUAAGAUGGUUAGGAGUACGGCAAUGCAUAUUUUUGAUAAAAACAUCAACUCAUUUUUAUCGGAUACUAGUUCGACAAAUAAAUUGCCGGUUACAGAGAGUCGUCGAGUUCCACUUCGAGCCACGAAAAAACUGUGUUACGGAUGUUGUGCAUGGUUUUUCCGGGACGAACCGAAGGAGAGAACUGUCGUCACUUUUUGA